AAAAUGACGUUUUGCCCCUUCACUGUGUGGACAACGUUCAUCUACUAGAGGACAACGGCAGAGCUCUUCAACUACAGCAAGAAUCCCUGAACCAUCACAGGCUCCAUCAAAAGUUACUGGAGACUGAGAUCAACACCAGAAGGAAGGAGUGUGAAGCACUUGAAGCAGAGGUGAAGAAAAAGAAUCAAACAUGUCAGACUUUGGAGAAUGAACUUCAAGAAUUCCUGCAGGAGAACAAGCACUUGAAUCUUCAGUGGUUCAACAACAGCCACAAAGCGUCUGAGUAUGAAAAGGUGAAAUCAGAGUAUGCCCAGCUCAAAGAGAGGCUUGGUGUUGUGACGCAGGAGAGAGAUUUAGCCCUGUGGGAGAGGAACCAGCUCCAAGGCAAACUGGAGAACCUAGAGCAGGUGCUCAAGCAUAUGCGAGAGGCUGCGGAGCGAAGGCAGCAGCUAGAGUUGGAGCAUGAGCAGGCCUUGGCUGUACUCAAUGCAAAGCAGCAGGAGAUUGACCUUCUUCAGAAGGCUCAGGUUGAGGCUAAAAAGGAACAUGAAGGCGCUGUCCAUCUGUUAGAGAACCACUUGGACAGCAUGCAGGCCAAAGUCAGAGAACUGGAGGAAAAAUGUCGGUCUCAGAGUGAGCAGUUCAACCUCCUCUCAAAAGAGCUGGAGAAGUUCCGGCUUCAGGCUGGCAAGUUUGACAUCCUGAGCUCUGAGCCCUUAACUCUGAGUGAAUCUCCAGGGUCCCCCAACAAAUCCUUGUCACAGCUCCUCAAUGGAUUGGCUGCCCCAAUUGAAAAAGGCAAUGAGGGUCCAACAAGCAGAUCUUUGAUAUCUGAGUUUAUUCGACCACUCCAAAUUAGUGGAGACAAGCCCGAGCUGCUCUCCGUCAAGCCAACAUUCCUCAGUCGCAGUCGAGCCAGCAGCCCAGCACGAGCUUUCCUCUCUGAGAUGGACAAAGAGCUGAGCUCGACUACAAGGUCCAAACCACGAUUCACAGGGAAGGUCCGUCUGUGUGUUGCUAGAUACAGUUACAAUCCUUACGAUGGGCCUAAUGAGCACCCAGAAGCAGAGCUCCCCCUGGUGGCAGGGAAGUACCUCUACGUUUAUGGAACGAUGGACGAGGAUGGCUUUUAUGAAGGCGAGCUGCUGGAUGGACAGCGGGGACUUGUCCCAUCAAAUUUUGUGGAAUUUGUCCAAGAUGAUGACACGCCCUCUGUCCAACGCAGGGACACGACGGUCAAAGAACCAGGCUACCUCAACCACAGUAGCCAGCGACUCCUGAGUGGCACUGGAACAGGAACAAGCAUAAGCAGUCAGCUCUCUGACAGUAAACUAGACUGUUUAAGCGCAAGCAGCUUGGGCAUGGAUCUUCUGGGCUCUUCCAGCAACGGGACCGGAACCUUGGAUGUCAACAUUGAUGAGGUCGGUGAAGACAUUGUGCCUUAUCCCCGCCGCAUCAACCUGAUCAAACAGCUAGCCAAGAGUGUGAUCAUUGGCUGGGAUCCCCCUGUGGUCCCACCGGGGUGGGGAUCCAUUAGCGGCUACAAUGUUCUGGUCGAUAAAGAGGUCCGGAUGAGUGUCCCCUACGGGGGCAGGACAAAGUCUCUUAUUGAAAAACUCAAUCUUGCCACCAACACAUACCGCAUUUCAGUGCAGAGCAUAACGGACCGGGGCCCGUCAGACGAGCUCCGCUGCACUCUUCUUGUGGGGAAGGAUGUAGUGGUGGCACCUUACUACCUGCGAGUGGACAGCAUCACUCAGAGCUCCGCCGAGCUGUCCUGGAUGCCAAGCAACAGCAACUACAGUCACACCAUCUUCCUCAACGGUGCAGAGUAUGACAUGGUCAAGGCCGGGGGCUACAGGUACAAGUUUUUCAACUUGAAGUCCAUGACAGUUUACAAGGUGAAGGUUGUCGCACAGCCACAUCAGGUGCCUUGGCAGCUUCCAGGUGAUCAGCGGGAGAAGAGGGAAAUCUCUGUGGAGUUCUGCACUCAGCCUGCAGGUCCCCCUCUCCCUCCCCAGGAGGUGCAGGUCCAGUGUGGCCAGACUCCAGGGGUCUUACAGGUCAGAUGGAAGCCUCCUCCCUUGACACCUUCAGGAACUUCUAAUGGGGCUAGUGUAAUUGGCUAUGCUGUUUGCACAAAGGGACAAAAGAUAGCAGAGGUCUUGUACCCCACAGCCGACUAUGCGAGCGUGGAUUUAAACAGGAUUCAAGGUCUGGAGGCCAGAGAAGUCAUUGUAAGGACGUUAUCAACCCAAGGAGAGUCCCAGGAUUCACCCGUGGCCAUGAUCCCACACAACCUCUUGGGCUCUCCACGCCUCUCCCACAGAGUCACAGCACCUCCACCUUCUAUGCCCCAUCCAGUGCCACAGCCCCAUCCAGUACAUUCCCAAACCCAUCCUCCUUAUCCAUCCACAUAUCCCCCAAAUCACCCUCAGCCCCAGGUACAGCCUCUGCCACGAGCCCAGCCUCACACGCUACCCCACGCACAGCCACACUCGCAGCCCGUCAGUCACCCUCAUCCUCAUCCUCAGCCUCCUUUUCAGCGCCACUCCAUACCCAAGUCGAAACCAUUAAUAAGUGCCAGAGAGCCAGAAACCAAAGAGCAUGAGGUGGGCCUGCGGGUAGCCCAGCCGUGGGAGCGCUCCCCCUCUCCGCUGCCACCCUUGCAUGGACCCAACUUGGAGCCUCCACACUUCCCACCCCGGCGAUCACCCUCUCCUCAGAGGAUUCUGCCACAGCCUCAGGGAGUCCCUAUACCCAACACCAUCGCCAAGGCCAUGGCCAGGGAAGCUGCUCAAAGAGCUUUUGCUGAGGGCAACCGGGUUGAGAAAAGGAAUAUCUUCAGUGAUCGUGGUAAUGCCUUGCACCCGCCCAACUCAGAUGACGAGGAGGAUGGCUAUGACUCUCCGCACGCAAGAAGAAGAGGAGCCUCGGUCGAUGAAUUCCUCAGAGGCUCAGAGUUGGGCCGACAGCACCACCACCAUCAAUACAGCCACAGCGAGGAGUACCACACAGAAAGUAGCCGGGGCUCCGACCUGUCUGACAUAAUGGAGGAAGAUGAGGAGGAUCUUUACUCUGAGAUGCAGCUGGAAGAGGGUCGCAGGCGCAGCAUCAACUCUCACAGCACCCUUAAGGCCUAUUACAAGCGUCAGGACUUAGCUGAAGAAAGAGACUGUUGGGACCUCCAGCGGGAAGUGGUGAAGCAGAGGUCGCUCCGCAGCAAGCGUCUCCACAGCAUCCCCGAGGUGGCCGAGGAGGAGUCGGACAGCUUGGACAGCAUGGGCCAGCAUCUGAGCUUUGACGAGGGCGGGCGGCCAGGAACCCCACAAACGCAGCGGAGGAUGUACCCCCAGGAGCACCACAUGCGUGACCCCCUCCCCCCGGGCAAAAACACCCGCCUGCAGCGCCAGCGAUCCUCCCCUCGCUUCACUGACAGCCGCUAUGGCUACAGCACCGACGACCGCAGCUACGGACGACCCAAUCGGCAGAACACCAAGAGCCCCGACAGCGGUUUAGACUGCGGCAGCGAGGAAGAGGGGUCCCUGGGACGGGGUCACUGGGGUUAUUAUGCCCAUGGGAGCCCCAUUCGGGGACCUGUGCGCAUCAUCCACUGCGAAGGCCCAGUAGAAAGGCGAGCGCUGGCAAUGGGCCGUAAAAGAACGCUGACCCGUCAGUGCAGCGUGGAGGAGGAGUUCUCCGACGCCCCGGUGACGGCCGCCAAAUCGGUACACACUGGUGACUUUAGGAACAGGGAGCACAUGGGGUCUGGUCGGGAGGUCGGUCCACGAGACUACUCCAGGGAAGGAGCCCUGAGCGAGGGCAGGCUGAACGAGCUGGACAGGGUCUAUUACAGCCCCCACAGGGAGGCUAGGACCCAGUCUUUGUCCAGGCUCAACCGGGACCAGCCGCUGAUUAUUGGGAACUCAGCAUCACACAGAAGCCCCGAACUCCUGGACCACUCGGGGAGGAGGCCGGUUCACAUCGGCACCCCUCCUCAGCGACGACCCAUCCCUUCCAUUGAGAUCACCAUGGACAGUAACAGUGAGGGGAGUGAGGGGAACCUCUCACCCGUCAAGGAGGAUGUUUACUAUGGCAGUGUAGCUCGGCGCAGGAUAUGGCGAUCUCUGUCCUCAGAGGAUCAAUAUGACGGCUACGGCGGGCGCAGACACGGGCGGGGCCGCCAAUCCCCAGAUUAUUUUGAGGAGUCCGAAUCGGAGGACCUGACCAGAGUGUUUGUGGCUCUGUUCGACUAUGACCCUUUGUCCAUGUCCCCCAACCCGGAUGCUGCUGAUGAGGAGCUGCCAUUCAAGGAGGGCCAGAUCAUUAAGGUAUUUGGCAAUAAAGACACAGAUGGAUUCUACAGGGCAGAGAUCAGAGGUCGAGUGGGGUUGAUCCCCUGUAACAUGGUCUCCGAGAUCCAAACAGAAGAUGAUGAAAUGAUGGACCAGCUCCUCAAACAGGGCUUCCUUCCACUGAACACACCUGUGGAAAAGUUAGUGAACUGUGACCGUUUUAAAGAUGGACGCUCAAUAAAUCGCAGGUCCAGAAAGUCCAAACGAGAAAGAAACAGACGGAGCGGGCGUCAGUAUCCAAUGUCAACACGGAGAAUGGUGGCCCUGUACGACUACGACCCCCGGGAGAGCUCCCCCAACGUUGAUGUUGAGUAUGAAGGCAACAGACUGAAUGAGGAGGCUGAGCUGACUUUCUGUGCCGGCGACGUAAUCACAGUUUUUGGUGAAAUAGAUGAAGAUGGUUUUUACUUUGGCGAACUCAAUGGACACAAGGGGCUUGUUCCUUCCAACUUUCUAGAAGAAGUGCCUGAUGAUGUAGAUGUUUUUCUCACCGAUUCCCCAUCUCGGUAUCCCCAGGACACUCCAGCGAGGAUAAAGACCAAAAGGGUUCCUUUGGACAAAUCGGGCCCGCACAGAAGAGCGCCCUGUCCCACAGUGCGUCCACACAUCCUCGACUAUGGCCCCGCCACCGUGGGGCCCGGCAGUCCCUUCAGGCCCCCUAUGGACAUGUACUCCUCCAAAAAGAAAAGGGGACUGCUCUCCAAAGGGAAGACACUACUAUUACAAAGACUUCGCGCUGUAAAAUAAGUAUUGAAAAUAGUGGCAUCCACUUAUACUGUAAAAAAAAAAAGAAAAAGAGAAAAAAAGAAAUCCAAAAUGCAGUGCACAGGUGGCAUUUGCAAGCUUAGCAAAUGCUUUAUUCUUUUACAUCUGUUGUAUAUUCGACUAUUUGUAUUUUUGUUACGGGUCCAUAUGCUCCAUAUUUUCAAUAACAUUUCAUAUUAUGGGCCCAUGACCUCAAGGUGAUGUGUUGUGCUGCGCACCUCCAUGUCUGUGGCUGAUGACGCGUCACAAAGACAGCCACGAGCGCUCUGCACAUGCUCAAGCCUUGCAUUUUUUUUUUUUUUUUAAACUAUACACAGGUCAGAACCGGGUCUCUGCGUUCAGAAAGCAGAAUGUCACAACACAAGACGGCCAAAUUACAGCUUGGAGUCCAGACUUAAUCAAAUGCUACACCUGGUUGGAGCAUGUGGACUGGAGCUGGAACAGAGCAGCCAUGAGACAUGAGGUUUGCGUGCUUUUAUUUUAUUUUUACUUCAGCACAUUCCCUCCUGAACCCUUGAAAGCACACGUAAAGGUGUUGGGCUCAUUAUUGAAGUUGGGGCACGCAUUUGGGCAAAAAAGAAAAAAGAAGCUUCUUCUGCAUCAUUUCAACAGCUGUGGCAGUCACACGGCUCCCCUCCAAGUGUUGGCCACUUGGAAAACAAGCACAUUCUGUAUCUACCAGAGGGCCUCUGCAGUAAAUACCGGUCGAUCAAGCCUCCAUGCAUUUGCCUUACAAUCGCACAAUGGUUAGUCCUGUCCAGCAGCUGCAUACCCAACACUAGUUUUGGCGUUUGCAAUUAUUCCUGACUGGAUGCGCAGGGUGACUCCAGUUUUCUAGUGCUGUCAGGCUGCUGUGUUGAUGUUGCUCAUAAGAAAAAAAACAAAAUACCUUUAUGAAGCUAUAAACGGUUAAAAGUCCUCCCUCCAUCCCAACCGAUUAAGGAGUCAUGUUGUGCCACCGUAUGAUGCAUUCCAAAAAUAAUAGGAUUAGUUGACAAGAGAACCCUAAAAACGUAGUUAUUCUAUCAGAAUCAACAUUAUUGUGCUGUAGUUGACUUCCAGCAUGCAACCCUCUGACUGUAGGUUUGGUUACUCAACAGCAGUAAACUAUAUGAGACACAAGGCUACCUCUACGCUGCCCUUCCUAUCUCUCCAACUGUGAUUUUACAGACCAGUCUGUCACCGAUGCCUGUUGUAUGUCUCAAAUUACGUUGCUGCAGGAUACAAGUACUGUAUGUCAAUAUAUCCAGAUAUCUACACCUUAAAUGUAGUGAAUGUACAAAGAAUUGAAAAGCCAAUGUAUUACUGUCCAAGCUGCCCAAAAAGGAUUGUGCAGACGUCCGACUUGGUGCAUGAGAUGAUCAGUCCGCCUCCUCCCCAUCUCCUCGUGCCGUUUUCCAUUUCAUCCUCCAGCACAUUUCAAAUUGAGCCUAUGUUUUCUAUAUACAAGAGUUAAACUGCCAAAAAAAAAAGAA